AUGCCGACGUAUCCCAUCCGUCGCCGCCGCCCGCGCGAUUGCAAAACGUGUCUACCCUGCCGCGCCAGCAAAGUCCGCUGCGAUCGCAAUGUGCCUUGCAGCAACUGUGUCAAGCGCAACUUUCCGUGCACCUACGGCCGGCCACCUCCGUCCGCGAGGAUCUCGGAUCCUGCGACAUCUAGCGCUGCAUCUGCUACGCCGCUACAACCCUCCUACACCUCGUUCGGCAUUUCACCUCGUGACGACGGCCCGGUGCCGCUCCCACAUCAGGCCCCGCUCACACGCGAUGGCUCUUGCGCCGCCGAACAGUCAGUUUCCCCGUGGGAUGACCCGGACCUACCAGAGACGAUCGACAUUUCACAGGAGGAAUGGGAUGAAAUCAAUAUGAAGAUGGUCGCAAUGGAGGAGAUCGCGAGCAGUCUGCACAAAAUGUUCAACAUACAUUCUGCCCGAAGGAAACCAGAUAUCGGAGAUUCCACCGCGACUUCAGCCACUCCGUCGGAUCGAAAGGGCUCUAUGCGAUCAGAAGGCGUGUACGGUUCCAAUGUGAUGAAGACGGGCGCCGUACAUCUCGGGUCUCGGUCAGCGCUCGUAGAUAUUUUGGACAAGUCCAAGCGCUCCGAGGACGUGGCGCAGGCGCUGCCUCCGGAGGAUCUGCUGGCGGAUCUUGCCUUGGGUAACGAAGCCAUGGCUUAUCCAUUUGUUGACCUGUGGUCCUCGGAUCCGUUCACCUUCAAUAUUGCCGGUGUGUGUAGCGUGCUACCAGAUGAUGAGCAAUGUUAUAGGUUCUUGAACUUUUAUCGAGACAUCGGGGCAGUCCUUUACCCGGUACUCCCGGACCUUGACGCAUUAAGCCGCCAGACGGCCCUUUUGCUCGAUGGGAGACGACGGGCGGGAGGGGUCUACAAGCCAGACGCGAAUGAACCGGUCAAACCAUUCGGCAUGGAGUUGCAUUUCUUGAGCUUGCUUUUCGCCGUACUUGCCUCGGGUUGCCAAUUGUCUGAUCUGCCGAGUGCAGACCGCGAACUGACUUCUUGGGUAUAUAUCUCUUGUGCAUAUCAGUGUCUGCGGAUGUUGAAUUACGUCUCACAACCGACGGUUGAGGCGAUUCAAAUUCUGCUCAUUAUUAGCAACGUCCUCUCAUACAACAUGAAUGCAGGGGCAUCGUACACAUUACUAGGCAUGACGGAGCGUAUGUGUCUGGUGCUCGGUCUCCACGAAGAGUCCAGCGGGUUUACGACCGAGGAGCAGGCCACUCGGCGACGGACCUGGUGGACCAUGGCAUUUCAAAAUAGCCAUUUCUCCCUUGCAUAUGACCGACCUUCCAUCACCAUGGUCAGCCAGCCUGAGAUUCCCUUUGACCGAAAAUCGAUGCCCGGACAUCGCCCGUAUUUUGAGACGCUGUGUCGAGUGGUCUCGCUUGCGUUAGAGCUUCUCAAGUCGCGCAUGUACCCUGGCCAUCAGGAGCCUCGGCCUCACGACAUCCGCGAGUAUAAGCAACGCAUCCUUCGCACACUGGCAGAAGCCUCGCCUCAUCUGCGACAGAAAGACCAGUGUCGGUCUCUUGCCGAGCACAUCGAGCGCACCGAACUGCGACUUCAUUCCUCAUAUCUCCUUUCGGUCGUGACUCGAGUGUCAUUGGAUCGACAAGCCCAUCUUGACGAGGCUCGCCGAGCCUGGAUCCGCGAAGAGUGUCUGAGUAGCCUGGCGAGCACGAUCGACGCCUUUGUGGAGCUGCAUGAGAUCAACUCUCACUGCUCUCGAUCCUGGAUCAGUCUUCAACGGUCGAUUGCGUCCGCCUUCCUGUUGGUGACCAACGACGACAGCCCUCAGAUCUGGACUCUAGUGGACCGUCUGGAGAAGGUCCUGUCCGACCACGUUUCCGCAAAUGGCGAGGCCGAACAGAAUGAACGCACCGACUCAGCCAAGCAUCUCUCCUCGUCGUUGCGAGCUUUGCGGGAGAUUCGCGUCUCCUUUCGGAAACGACCCCUCUUGCCGCCGACGCCCGAGUCCAGGCCCGUAGCAUCCCUCAGUCAUACCCAACCCUCACCGCUCACGGGGAAUGGUACAUCGGUGUCUCCAUUGUCAGCACCCACGACACAUGCACCGCCGGUUCCGCAGGUGGAAGAUUGGCACAUGCGCAAUAUCCUUGGCCGGGUGUCUGAUGUCAUGCUGUUCCCGAGUAUGAGUGGAACCGGUCCAGUGGUGUAA